AAUUGCUUAAGCAAAAGGAUGAAAAGGACUAUUACAAAAAACUAUACGACGAAGCACAACACGAGUUGCGUGUAAUGCAGGACAACUUCCUUUUGAAAUCUGAAGAGAUGGCAAAAACAGCCAACACAUGCAUGAAUGUAGAAGAGCCCAAAGAAACAAUUUCAAAUGAAACAAUUUCUUCCAAGGCUGUGCACAAAGAGAACACAUCUUACAUAAUUGUAGAUCCUGACAACAAGGAACUGGUUGUGCCGACUUUACAGGAUUCUAAUGUUAUAGUGGAAACUCAUGCUCCACAACCUGCACAAACAGAGACCUCUGCUGCUACAACUGAGAGAUCUAAAUACACACAUUACAUAAGCUUGGAUACUAAUUCUCAGCACUCUGGCACAUCUUUGCACAUCACAUCUCCUGAAUGUGAUCAAGAACAGAUAUCCACUUUGGGUGGUGGUCCUCUGAAAAGAACACAAGAUACAGAACGAAGCAAAGAAUCUGAAAUUUUGUUUUUGAGAUUUCUUUCUGUGAAAGGAGUUCCAGACUGUGAGCUUAGGCAGAGAAUAUCUUUGGAGCAAAAACACAAGAGACAGCAAACCUUGGACUCACAAAGAUUUGGUGUACCAGAAGAAGAAAGUAAUCAGGCAUUUCUCCUGUUGGAAAGACAUUGUGAUCACAGGUCGUGUUUAAUAAAAGAAACAGCCAAAAAGGAUUAUUACAAAAGGCAAUACAUUAAAUCACAAGCUGAGCUUUAUAAGAUGUUUUCAAAGUUGGAGAAAUUCAAUGUCUGUUUUGAAGAAAACGUAACUGAGUUUGAAAAUGUGAGUUUAGCUUGCCUUAAUCUUCAGAAAGAGAUAUUUAAAGUGAAGUCAGAAAAGGAGCAUUACAUAAACCAAUUCCUUCAGUUCCAUGCUGAACUCUUGAGAGUGCAUUCGAUGUGGCAGGACUUAAAGAUAGAGCUUGAAAAUAAGAUGUUCGAGUUUGAAGACACAAGUCCAUCUUGCAGUACUAUGGAAGUAAAUAUGUGCCAUCAGAAUUUGAAUAAAAAAUACCUCUGAAAUUUGAA